CCUGCGGAAGCCGCAGGCCCGGAGGAAGUGAGCGGAGCGACGUGGGGGGUGGGGGGUGGGGGGACCCUGCCCUCCCCCGGCCCCUCCAGCCCCCAGGGUAGGAACUUACUUUUCUCUGGAAGCCGGUGAUCACGAUUUGAGCUCCGCGGCCUUCAUUUCAUGGCAGCCAGGGCCGGCAAGGCAGAAAUGGAGCCGGAGUCCUUGUACAACCUGCUGCAGCUCCCGAAGGCGGUGGGCCGGCCGGCGGAGGAGGAGCUCCCACAAGGAGAAAAGAAGAAGUACCUGCCACCCACCUCGCGGGGGGACCCCAAAUUUGGAGAGCUGCAGAAGGUGCUGAUGGAGUGGAUCAAUGCCAAGCUCCUCCCAGAGCACAUCGUGGUCCGCAGCCUGGAGGAGGACAUAUUCGAUGGGCUCAUCUUGCACCACCUUUUCCAGAUGCUGACCGGGCUCCGGCUGGACGUGGAGGAGAUGGCUCUCACGGUCCCCAACCAGAGGCGCAAGCUGGAGGCCGUCCUGGAGGCAGUCAACCGCAGCCUGCAGGCAGAAGACCAGCCGCUCAAGUGGAGCGUGGACGCCAUCUUCAACAAGGACCUGCUGGCCACCUUGCAUCUCCUCGUGGCCCUGGCCAAGCGCUUCCAGCCUGACCUGCCCCUCCCGACCAAUGUCCAGGUGGAGGUGAUCACCAUGGAGAGCACCAAAAGUGGUCUGAAGUCGGAGAAGUCGAUGGAACAGCUCACUGAAUGCAGCACAGACAAGGACCCAGCUACCAAGGACGUCUUUGAUGAAUUAUUUAAACUGGCUCCGGAGAAAGUGAACGCUGUAAAAGAGGCCAUUGUGAACUUUGUCAACCAGAAGCUGGAUCGCCUGGGCCUGUCUGUGCAGAAUCUGGACACCCAGUUUGCAGACGGGGUCCUCUUACUCUUGCUGAUUGGACAACUGGAAGGCUUCUUCCUGCACUUGAAGGAGUUCUACCUCACUCCCACCUCUCCUGCGGAAAUGCUGCACAAUGUCACCCUGGCCCUGGAGCUGCUCAAGGACGAAGGCCUGCUCAGCUACCCCAUCAACCCCGAAGACAUCGUGAACAAGGACACCAAGAGCACGUUGCGUGUCCUCUACAGCCUGUUUCGCAAGCACAAGCUGAAGGAAAACGCAGACGGCACGCCCCGUGGAUCCCCGAAUUAACCGUCACUGCCCCCCCAAAGCUGCUUCUCUGAGCCUGCUUGCAGGACCCAAGGGAGGGCCCAAGGGCCACAGAGGGACCUCCCCCACCAUACAGCCGGCUGCCCUCUGUUUCCCUGUGUGUCUGUGGCACGCCUGCCCCUUCCCCCCAUCCCUGAUCCGCGUUUCCAUCCGAAUAUCUUUGAAUUCGCUAGGCCUGGA